AUGUCUUCCGACGCUCACACUUCACCUAAUGGCCCAGCACAAGACCAAGCUGCCGGGCAAACAAGCGCUCCAGUGAUCGCCGGCCCUACAGCAUCGUCAAACCAGGCCAAUGUCGGCGCCGAGCAUAGGUCAGAUGUCAUUGAACGCCUGCCAUCUGUAGACAGUGCAUCGUCGCGGGAAGCCAAGGACGAUGUCACUAUCGUCGUCAACAGCGACCCACUCGAUCUUGGUAAACACCGUCGAGACGAUGUCACCCAAAAACAGAUGAAGGCAGACCAUCCGCUCGCCAAGCCCAGACACAUGAAGAAGUUUUACACAAGACAGAAUGCCUUGAUCGACCAGUUCCUCCAGAGCGGCGAUGAGGAGCGGUUAGCUGCUCUUGACCAGCUCGAGAAUGGACCAAAGGUUCGGUUUGCAGUCAACGCUUCCUUCGUCGUCAACUUCUGUUUGUUCGUCAUCCAGUUGUAUGCUGCCGUCUCGACAGGAUCGCUGUCGCUGUUUGCGACAGCUGCGGACGCUUUCAUGGACCUGGUCUCUUCGGUAGUCAUGCUCAUCACAUCUCGCAUGGCGGCACGGCCAAGCGUGUACAAGUACCCCGUGGGGAGGACCCGCAUUGAGACGAUUGGCAUCAUCAUGUUCUGUUGUUUGAUGACAACGGUCGCUAUCCAACUAAUCAUCGAAUCUGGGCGUGCCUUGGCUGGUGGUGCCACUGAAUCAGAGGAACUCCACAUCAUCCCCAUCGCCUUUGUCGCGACAGCCAUCUUCUGCAAGGGCUCACUUUGCGUCUACUGCUUCCUCUAUCGACGCUACCCAGCGGUCCAUGUCUUCUUUAUCGACCAUCGCAACGACAUCAUCGUCAAUGCUUUCGGUCUUGCCAUGUCCAUCGUCGGUAGCCGAGUUGUCUGGUAUGUCGAUCCUAUCGGUGCCAUUCUCAUCGGUCUCUUGAUUCUCGUUUCCUGGGCUGCCAACGCCUUCGACCACGUUUGGUUGCUCGUUGGAAAAUCGGCACCAAAGGACUACAUCAGCAAGUUGAUCUAUCUUGUCGUCACACACGACAGCAGAAUCCAAAAGGUCGAUACCUGCCGCGCAUACCACGCUGGGCAAAACUACUACGUCGAGGUAGACAUUGUCAUGGAUGAAGACCUACCGCUAAAGGUCACCCAUGACGUCUCGCAGACCCUGCAGAGGAAGCUCGAAGGCCUCGCCGAUGUUGAGCGAGCCUACGUACACGUCGACUACGAAAGCGAGCACGAUAUCUUCGAAGAGCAUAAGCCACUCUACGAAGUCACGCAGUCGAAGACGAUCAAGGAGCGUGUCCAGGCUAUGCGCUACUUGUUCAAGAAGUCAGAGAAGGGUGCUUGA